AUGACACAAAAUUGGCAAUUAGAAUAUUUAAUUACCAAUUCAAAUAAUAAUAAAUUAUUAACAGCGCUUCAAUUAUUUGCUCCACAUUCUACUGUUGGUAGCUUGGCAAUGAAUGAUAAUUUUGAAGUGGCUGAAUUGGGUCAAUUUUUAACGAUAUAUAGGUUAGAAGGUGAUGCAACAAAUACUGGCGCCGAAGAUUUCCCGAGUGAAAUGAUGAAAUCAAAAAAACUACAAAAAACCUUGCCCGAUGAUAUUUACGAUUCAUUAAUUGAUUAUUACAGGAUACUAAAUAGAAAUGUUCAAAACCUCAAAAUUUAA